CCCACGUGGUGCGCGGCGGCCCGUCGGGAUGGCUGCGGCGCCGGCGGCCCUGCCCGGCCUCGAAGCCCGGAACCUCCUGCAGUUCUUGCGGCUGGUGGGGCAGCUCAAGAGAGUUCCACGGACUGGCUGGGUAUACAGAAAUGUAGAAAGUCCAGAGAGUGUAUCGGAUCACAUGUACAGAAUGGCAAUAAUGGCUCUUGUGACCAAAGAUGAACAUCUUAACAAAGACCGAUGUUUACGCCUAGCCCUUGUUCACGAUAUGGCAGAAUGCAUUGUUGGGGACAUAGCACCGGCAGAUAACAUUCCCAAAGAAGAGAAACAUAGGCGAGAAGAGGAGGCGAUGAAGCAGAUCACCCAGCUCCUACCAGAGGAUCUCAGAAAGGAGCUGUAUGGACUGUGGGAAGAGUACGAGACCCAGUCCAGUGCAGAAGCCAAGUUUGUGAAGCAGCUGGACCAGUGCGAGAUGAUUCUCCAAGCACAUGAAUACGAAGCCCAGGAGAACAAGCCCGGGAGGCUGCAGGACUUCUAUGAUUCCACAGCAGGAAAAUUCACUCACCCUGAGAUAGUCCAGCUUGUUUCUGAACUAGAAGCACAAAGAAAUGCUGACAUUGCCGCCAUAGCCAGGAAGCCCAACUCCUGAGAUGAUGCUCCAUGUUGCUGUGCUACUGUGACAAAUAUUUUAUUUUUCUGUUUUAUGCUAUUGUGUUUUGACACUGUUGAUCUGUUGUUUUUCCCCAGAGGUGAGUUUUUUUUUUAAUUGCUGGAUUUCAGUGAAAAAUGAAUAAAAAAUGGACAAUAAAAGUAGAAAAUAG